AUAAAAUUUUUGUACGCAAUGAAACAAGGACAUAUCCAGGUGAGCAGCUAGUCGCUCGUCGGCAACCCUCUGGGGCGCCAAUCACGAAUAGCCGUUGCCAAAUUAAUAAUCAACUUCACCGCAAGAUACCUAUAACCGAUGCGUAAUAAAAUCCAAUAUAAGCAAACGAUAUAUAUAUAUACCACUAUCAACAUCAUCGAAUGAUACCCCUAAAAAGUUUCCGACAAAGAAUUCCUAUCACGAAAAUACGAUGAUCUAAACAGCUCCUAAUGCAUUAUAAACUAGCUUGAACUAUGAAAGAUUAUUAACCAUUUAAUAUUCGAUCCAGCGAUAGCCACUACCUUAUUUGAAUCAACUUUAUUUAUUUGUUUAGGAUCAUAACUACUAAUGACGUCGUUGUGGUACUCCUAAACGCUUUCGAAAUACCAGUCACUCGUCGGUUGCUGGUCACUUAGUUUUACUUUUUCAAAAAGCUCACAUGUUCAUUCUGUACAAUAGACCUCUGUGCAAUCCUCUUUGUUUAUCAAAACGAUGACAAAAUGUUUUUGAAAAACUACACUUAAAAUCGAAUGACUCCACGUCAAAAACUUUCGGUCAAACUUUAAACAAAGUCAUUUUUUUCCUAAAAAAGUUUUUCUCUAUCCUAUAAAAAAGCAAAAUACAAAAUUUCAAAAAACUAACAACGCCAUCGUGUUCCCCGGCCCAAGUUACCUUCGGCCAAACCUAUCCCUGCAGGAUAUUGUUUGAGCUUAGUUAAGUUUAUGCACCUACUUUCCUAUUGAACGAGCGAACGAACAGACGAACGAAUGUAUUUAACUCGUUUUUCGUAAUACCCUCCUUUCAGUAGAGGGAACAGACAAUGAUCGUACUAUCUAUUCUUAAAUGAUGUAAAACUUCAGAUGAUCCCAUUACAUGUGUAAGAAACUGUUUUACGCGGUAAGAUUAAUUAGUUUUUCAAUUAAAAAUAAAAAUAAAAGAUUUUAUUUAGAUUAACAUCUGAUAAUUAUGAACAACAAUGGGAAUUUGAAACCUUACUUCAUGGAUUUCGAGAAGUUCUUCAACGUUUUGCACGACAACAAGAAAAGGCUAAUGAUAUAUCAGAUGAAGCGAUACAUUUAUUAAAAAACAAAAGUGAAUUUUUACAUUUACAAUGCUUCUUACAAACUGUUAAUGUGAUAUUAUAUUUCUUGUCUGUGUUCGGUAAAGGUUCAACAAUUCCAAAUACAUCAACACUGCAAACGCCACAUUUCAAUGAUGCAGCAGAAAUUAUAAAUGAACAAUUAUUGAUGGAAUAA